GCUAAAAUGGACGAACUGCAGCUAUUCAGAGGCGAUACAGUAUUAUUAAAAGGCAAACGCAGGAAGGAGACAGUUUGCAUCGUUCUCUCUGAUGAUACUUGCCCCGAUGAAAAAAUCCGUAUGAACAGAGUUGUACGUAACAACUUGCGUGUCCGCUUGUCUGAUGUUGUUUCUGUGCAGCCUUGUCCAGACGUGAAGUAUGGAAAGCGAAUUCAUGUGCUGCCCAUUGAUGAUUCUGUUGAAGGCCUAACAGGAAAUCUGUUCGAGGUCUACCUCAAGCCCUACUUCUUAGAAGCCUAUCGGCCAAUUCACAAGGACGACACAUUUAUUGUCCGUGGCGGUAUGAGAGCAAUAGAAUUCAAAGUAGUCGAAACAGAUCCUGCUUCUUAUUGUAUCGUGGCUCCUGACACAGUCAUUCAUUGCGAAGGGGAUCCAAUCAAGCGUGAGGAAGAGGAAGAAGCUCUCAAUGCUGUCGGUUAUGAUGAUAUUGGUGGUUGCAGAAAACAAUUGGCACAAAUUAAAGAAAUGGUAGAGCUGCCUUUGAGACAUCCGUCUUUGUUCAAAGCUAUCGGUGUGAAACCACCUCGUGGAAUUCUCAUGUACGGACCUCCUGGUACUGGUAAAACUCUUAUUGCCAGAGCAGUCGCUAAUGAAACAGGAGCUUUUUUCUUCUUGAUAAACGGUCCCGAAAUUAUGAGCAAGUUGGCCGGCGAGUCCGAAUCCAAUUUGCGAAAAGCCUUCGAGGAGGCCGAGAAGAACUCUCCUGCAAUUAUAUUCAUUGAUGAAUUGGAUGCGAUUGCACCGAAAAGAGAGAAAACUCACGGAGAGGUCGAGCGCCGUAUCGUCUCACAACUUUUGACACUCAUGGACGGUAUGAAGAAGAGCUCCCAUGUGAUUGUGAUGGCUGCAACAAACAGGCCCAACUCCAUCGAUGCUGCUCUCAGGCGUUUUGGCAGAUUCGAUCGCGAAAUCGAUAUUGGAAUUCCUGAUGCAACUGGACGUUUGGAAGUUUUGCGAAUUCAUACAAAGAACAUGAAGCUCGCCGAAGAUGUUGACCUGGAACAGAUUGCUGCCGAAUCUCACGGUCACGUAGGCGCCGAUCUCGCUUCGCUCUGCUCUGAAGCAGCCUUGCAACAAAUUCGAGAAAAAAUGGAUUUGAUCGAUUUGGAAGACGAACAAAUCGACGCGGAAGUUUUGAACUCUUUAGCCGUGUCGAUGGAGAACUUCAGAUACGCCAUGACAAAAUCUUCUCCGUCCGCCCUUCGCGAAACCGUUGUGGAAGUACCGAACGUUACCUGGAACGAUAUCGGAGGUCUGCAAAAUGUUAAACGUGAAUUGCAGGAAUUGGUGCAGUAUCCUGUUGAACAUCCUGAUAAAUUCCUUAAAUUCGGCAUGCAGCCCUCAAGGGGAGUACUGUUUUAUGGACCACCCGGAUGCGGUAAAACUUUGUUGGCGAAAGCUAUUGCCAACGAGUGCCAAGCUAACUUUAUUUCUGUAAAGGGUCCAGAAUUGCUCACUAUGUGGUUUGGAGAGUCUGAAGCGAACGUUCGAGAUAUUUUUGACAAGGCACGUUCGGCUUCCCCUUGUGUCCUGUUCUUCGAUGAACUCGAUUCAAUUGCAAAAAGUCGUGGCGGCAACGUCGGAGACGCCGGCGGAGCCGCCGAUCGUGUCAUCAAUCAGAUCCUGACCGAAAUGGACGGCAUGGGGGCCAAGAAAAAUGUUUUCAUCAUCGGCGCCACGAACAGACCAGAUAUCAUCGACCCUGCGAUUUUGCGACCGGGUCGUCUCGAUCAGUUGAUUUACAUUCCAUUGCCGGACGAGCAAUCUCGUGCGGCUAUUUUCAAGGCAAAUCUACGCAAGAGUCCGGUGGCCGCCGAUGUAGAUUUAAAUUAUAUAGCUAAAGUAACUCAAGGAUUUUCUGGUGCUGAUUUGACCGAAGUUUGUCAACGGGCUUGCAAACUCGCCAUUCGUCAGGCGAUUGAAUCCGAAAUCAGACGCGAAAGGGAGCGAGCAGCCAAUACUAAUGUAGCCAUGGACAUGGAUGAAGAAGAUCCAGUUCCUGAAAUUACGAAAGCCCAUUUCGAAGAGGCAAUGAAAUUCGCCAGGAGAUCAGUAUCAGACAAUGAUAUUCGUAAAUAUGAAAUGUUUGCACAGACACUACAGCAGUCUCGGGGCUUCGGCACCAACUUCAGAUUUCCUAAUACGAGUUCAACACCCGGCCAAGGUGGCUCAGGAUCAGGCAGCGAGCCUCACCCCGGCCAAGGAGAGAUCGGUGACGACGACUUAUAUAGUUAAGUUUUAAGAUACAUAAGCAAGUUUACAUUUGCGUGAACGUGUCCUAGUUAUUAUGAUGAUUAGCAGCAACUGACUUAUUGAUAUGAAUAAGGAUUUUAAAAGCGAUUGUGAAUGUAUUGAAUGCUACUACUACUACUACAUUUAUAAAAUAAUACAUUGAAAAGUU